AUGUUAUACUCACCCUUGCGGAUCGCUGCACCAAGGCAAGCAGUCUUGAUCACGAGAUGUCUCUUUCGCCGGCAGAUAGCACAACCAGUGCAGGCCGCGGGCAUUCGUCGAUGGUAUGCCACGGAGCCGGCGUCGACUGUAGAGGCACCAGACUACCUUGAUGAGAGCGAGCGCAAGAUCUUCCAGACGCUCAAGACGGAGUUGCAGCCGACGAGAUUAGAGGUGCAGGAUAUCUCCGGCGGCUGCGGCUCCAUGUACGCCCUUGAUAUCGUCUCGGAGCAAUUCACAGGCUUGCCGGUCAUCAAACAACAUCGAUUGGUCAACAAAGUGCUGGGAGAUGAAAUCAAGAAAUGGCAUGGUGUCCAGCUCAAGACGAAAGCGCCAUAA